AUGGCGCCGGAGGCAGAGGCGGAGAGAGUCGGCGGCGGCGUCGUCCUCGUCCUCCUCUUGUUGCUGCUCUGCAACUCCGCUGGUGGGGAGACCGACAGCGGCGGCACCGCCCCCUCUCUCCUCGAUCUCCAGGAGGCCCAGCUCGCCCGGCUGGAGUCUCUGGCGGAGUCCCUCUCCCAGAGCGUCUCCCGUCUCGAAUCCGCCCUCUCCGAGCGGUCCAGGCCGCCGGCCGUCGACGGAGGGACGGCGAUUGGGGGAUCUACGCCGGCGUUCACUGCAGACGGCGGCGAGGAGGGCACGGCGGACGAUGGCGCAUUGGAGCCGCAGAGCGGAGUCACGGUGACCAAGUACAAGCCCUCGUGGCCGGAGAGGUUCCAUUUCGCGGCUGCGGCGCGGCUGCAGUCGGCGGCGACCUGCGCCAUCGUGCUGCCCUACGAAGACUACGAGGGGCUGAGCAAGUACUUCGCGGUGGGUGACGCCCACGGCCGCGCCUACGUCUUCUCGUCCGCCGGCGACGUCCUCCUCGAGCUCCCUAUUCCGCCUUCCGAGGCCCCCGUCACCGCCAUGCUUGCCUACGCCUCCAGCAGGCGGAACGAGAGCCUCCUCUUCAUCGGGCAUGGCGAUGGCUCCAUCGUAGCGCACCGGCUUGGGGAGUCCACCGGCGCAGGCGGCGCCGCCGCCGGCGACGAAUGGGUCACCCUCACCGUCGGCAGCUCCCGGCCGUUCCUCCGCGGCGGGAACCAGGAAGCCCACCCGAUCCUCAGCCUGGGGGUCUACGCCGCCGGCCGGGUCAAGUACGUCGUCGCCUCCGACGGCGGCGGGAGGAUCAGGGUCUUCACAGAGAACGGGACUCUCUACGGGACUGCCGCCGCUUCCAGCCGGCCGCUGGCCUUCGCGAGGCAGCGGCUACUGUUCCUGACGGAGACUGGAGCAGGGUCGCUGGACCUGCGGACGAUGACGGUGAGGGAGACCGACUGCGAGGGCCUCAACGGGACUCGCGCCGCCAGCUACGCCUUCGACGUGUCGGAGAGGUCCAAAGCCUACGGCUUCACCGGCGGGGGGUUACUGGUGCAGGUGGUUCUCCUGGGAGACGCCGCCAGCUUCAAGUGCCGCGUGAGGACGACAAGGAAGGUGGAGAUGGAGGGCCCCGUCGCCAUGCAGAGCAUCAGGGGCUACCUGCUCGCCGUCAACCAUGAGAAAGUCUUCGUUUUUAACGUCUCCUCGCACCACUACGGAAGGACCGGGGCUCCUCGGCCCCUCUUCUCCGCCAGUCUGCAGGAGAUCAAGUCCCUGUUCCUGAGGCCCCGCAGCGGCGGCACCAAUGACCUACCGGCGGCGCCGCCGGGGAAGCCUCUCAUCGCGGGGGACCGCGAGAAACUCCUCAUCCUGGGCUUGGGCGGCGGCUACGUCGGAAUCUACAGGUCCAAUUUCCCGGCCUACAAGUCAGAGAGCAACGCGGUGCUGUGGAGCAGCCCUGUUCUCGUCUUCCUCCUCUUUCUCAUCGGAAUCUGGCACUUCUACGUGAAGAAGAAGGACGUCCUCGGAUGGACGCAGGAGGACUUCAAUCACACCUCUCUCCCCUCCGGAGCAGACAGAGAGAGGGAGAGGGAGAGGGAGAUAAGCUUUGGGGAUGGCUCGGUGGGAGGGGGCGAAAUCAGGGGCGGCCCCGCCAUUCGUCCGAUGUACGUCUCACCCCCUUCCCGAUACGCCGGCGGGUCGGCCGUUCCCUUCCGGCCAGGCCCCGGCGACCCUGGUUUCAGGGGGCCAAGCGAUCUGAAGUACAGGGCGCAGAGGAUGGAACCUCCCGGCUUCCCCAAGAGAAGGGACCCCAUGGCCACCAACACCCAGACCAUCGCCGAGGACCACAUUGACUGA